AUGACAAGGACGACUGCUUCGAACACCGACUACUAUGAAAUCCUCAGCCUCCCCUUCACCGGCUCCACAGCCACAGUCCUCUCCAAGCAGCAAAUCAAACUCGCCUACCACAAAGCGCUCCUAAAACACCACCCAGACAAGGCGGGUGCUGUCGCACAAGAUGCAGGACUGAAAGGCGUCCCAGCUGCCAAUGGCAUCUUCUCCCGAUCCGACGAUGAUACUGCGCGCCGGCGCUCGUACACCAUCGACGAGAUCACCACUGCCUACAAGACGCUGUCGGAUCCUCUCCUCCGGGCCGAAUACGAUCGCUCGCUGCGUUUGGACCGGAGCAAGGCUGCAGAGCGCGAGAAGGCCGGCGAUGUCUUUCAUACCGGGCUGGAGAUUGUCGACCUGGAGGAUCUGGCCUGCGACGAGGACGGUGGUGCCGGGGAUGAACAUGGCGGAGCUUGCUGGUAUCGCGGGUGUCGGUGUGGUGAUGAGAGGGGGUUUUUGGUUACGGAGGGUGAUCUUGAAAGGGAAGCAGAGCACGGCGAGAUUGUUAUCGGGUGUCGUGGGUGCAGUCUGUGGCUGAAGAUCCUGUUCGCGGUGGAUGUGGAGGGCGAUGGGUGA